CUUGCGUAAUUUCAUGUCAACUGCGCUGUCCUUCUUCCUGCCAGCAAGACGAGCAGCGAGCGAACAACAAUGAGUGAAAAGAAGCGAGGCGUCCACGCACCUGAUGCAGCAGCUGCUGCAGCUGUUGUUGUCGUUGUUGUGGGUAAUGGCCAGCACGUGCCUGCGGGUGUGCGCGAUGCGAUUCAACAACACGAGCAGCAUGUGCACAUGGUCGAGCACACCAUUCGUGGCGCAGCAAAGGCGGGCCACAACACGGCUGAUGCCAUACAAGAAGCGGUGCAGCGCCGUGGCGCUGUGGGGUUGGUGUUCACGGAGGACGCGCUUUCAAUGGUGGCAGAACAGAUGGAGCGUGUGCGCGCGCUUCUGCCGUCCUUGUUCAUCGUCGUUUGGAGCAGACGGGCGACUGACUCGCUGGUGUUGAGGCAGAUGUGGUUUGAUGCCGGGGUGAACCAGGUGACGCACGACACCGGCGCUCUGUCGCACGUCGUGCACACGCUCGUUCGGCAGUGCAGGUCGGCCGGCACCUACACGUGCGACAUGUGCGGCAUGCCUGAUCUCUCUGCAGAAGGCAUCUUCCUGCACUACCCGCUGUACCACUGCAAUCACAACACGGAGGACCGGGUUUGCCCCAUCUGCAACCUCACGACAAACGUCCAAGUGCACAUCCGCAACCAUCACAUCCCUGCAUCGCUCCCUGAUGUACAACCCGAACCCAUGGACGUGGAACACAGCUACUGCUUCUCACUCAUCGUCUGCAGACACCCAGCUACCGGCAGGUUCCUGCUUGUCCAAGACUACGCGGGUUCUGGCUUCUGGCUGCCCGGUGGCCGCGUUGAUGUUGGUGAGACGUUCCAAGAAGCAGCCAUUCGGGAAACACAGGAAGAAGCUGGUGUGGACAUCAAGCUCACAGGCAUCCUUCAGGUGUUGAGCCGGCCUGGUCGAAGACGCCACCGCCGCCAACACAACUACCGCCGCACAGUCGUCGUGUUCCUGGCAGAGCCUGCAACACCAGAGCACUGCCCGGCAAAGACAGUCCCCGACUACGAAAGCGUUGGCGCGUGUUGGGUGUCGGCGGAGGAGGUGCUGUCCCAAAGGGACGACGUGAAGUGGCGUGGCAAAGAGCCCGUGGUGUGGAUCGAGUUUGUUACCAACGGCGGUCGCAUCUUGCCGCUCGAUGCUCUCGCCAUGGAGGGAAGCCGACCCCCGCCCAUCCAAUGAUGACGAUCGACGUUUAUGAUGGUGGUGGUGGUGGUGGUGGUGG